AUGGGGCCGCCCUCCUUCCUUAUGAGGAGCAAAUCUGACGAUUCCUUCUUGAGCAUACUUUCCACCAAAGAGGAGAAGUCGCUUCUUCCAGCGCCAGUACACCGAAAACCAAAAAUUAGAGUACGAACGCUUCUAGGCCAUUGCUUAUAUCGUAGGGUGAUAUUAUGGACUGCCGGCAUUCUAUUUCUCUUAUGCUUAGCGCUUUCAUCACCAGGGGGUCGCCAACGCCGCCAAAGGCUGAUGGAGUUGGUGGACUUGAGCCAUCAGGAUGUGAGAAGCAGCGGUGGUGAGGGUGAAGCACCAACAGUUGCCAAGGACACAGAGGGUGUGGUUUUUGUGGUCUCCGCGGGAGAUGCGCCACAGGUUCAAGUUCAGGGGGAGCACAUGCCGACCUGGUUGCGAUUUAGACACCUUGACGGUUUCUUCAAUGGUCUCAAAGCCCUAGUGCCAGCAAACGAAUACAUACCGGAGUAUCCCAGGAAGCCGGGUGAGGCGUCACCGUUCCCACUCACGCUAUCUUACACCGGCUUGCCGACCCCGACGCCCUACGUACCUCAACCUGACUAUGAAUCGCCGGAAUACAUCUCCCAGUACCACGCCGUCGAAAAAUGUUACCUCGACAAGGAACGGAGGAUUCCGGUUCCCGAUCUGUAUGCUUACAAUGGCGUUGUCCAAGGCCAGCCAGAACCCGCCAUGGGCUCACGCAACUUACUGGGACUUCGUGACGAUGUUUGCUUUGACAGAUUCGGUCGAUACGGGCCUUAUGGCCUUGGAUAUAGCUUUGACGAGGGAGGUGCAUUUGUUGGCACUGACACAGAGCAGGAAGGCAGCAGUACGGUUUGGGAAAAGACGGGCAAAAUUAACUAUGAAAACAUGGACUGGGGCGAUGCCCAGACGCGCUGCUACGAAUCGAACAAGAAGCGCUUCGCCGACCCAGCAGCACCAACAAAAACUGCAGCAGUUUCAGGCCAACUUCAUCCACGGUCAUUUUUGCGCAACGAGCGGCAGAAGAUCCCCCGGACGGCCGUGGUCAUCAGGGCCUAUGUUGGGUUUCAGUGGACGCAACACAACAUCUUGAACUUCCGGGCCCUGAUAUCUGAACUGGCGCUCAAAUCCGGCGGCGAAUACGCCGUACACUUCCUCCUCCACGUGCGCAACAAUAACGAGGCCAUCUGGGCCGACCCCAUGACGGCCCAGCGCAUCCUGGACGAGAACAUUCCCCAAGAGUUCCACGGUCUCUGCACGCUAUGGUCGGAAGCCCAAAUGCGCCUCUACUACCCAGGAAAGUUUGGGGGCAGCUUCCAGAACCCCAGCGGUGGUGAUAUUCAUGGUGUUUACCGCAGCGCCCAUUUCCCUCUGCAGCACUUCGCGAUGCAGCACCCCGAGUAUGAAUACUUUUGGAACUGGGAACUCGACAUGCGCUGGUUAGGGAAUUACUAUGAGCUCUUUGAUCGCCUCAGUGCCUGGGCCAAGGAACAGCCCCGUAACGAACUGUGGGAGCGCUCUGCCAAAUACUACAUCCCUUCCUACCACGGCUCUUGGGAGAACUUUACCUCCUUGGUGCAUAAUGAGACCUUGAACAGCGGACGCGAGGCCACCUACGGCCCAGCUCAGUUCCCCGGCCGCCAACCCCUCCGAUCAGAACUCCGAGGCGAGAGCUUCAUGCCCUCCAAUUGCGAUCCAAACGACAAAUCCGACACCGAGUGCGGCAAAGGCGAAGAAGCCGAUCUCAUCACUCUGAACCCGCUAUUCGACACGGAACACUCGGGCUGGGUCUUUUCAACGGAUGUCACAGGAUAUAAGCGCUCCUUGCCUCUGCCUCCGAGAAGAUGUAGCAUCAUCACCGCUAGCCGGCUCUCCCGUAGAUUGCUGAACACAAUGCACGAGGAGACCUGGAGACUGAAGCACACCAUGUUUGCCGAGAUGUACCCCGCCACUAUGGCACUUCACCACGGGUUGAAGGCCGUCUAUGCCCCUCACCCUGUUUACUUGGACCGAGAGUGGGAGAUUGAAGCGAUUGACAAGGCUUUCAACGGCGGGAGGGAUCACACUGCUGGCGGGCACGGUUCUCCGUUUGACUUGAACAACGAGCAUAAUCACAAGGGGAGCAGCUGGUACUACAAUAGUGAGUUUGCCGGCUUGCUUUGGAGGAGGUGGUUGGGGUAUGCGCAGUUUGAUGGCCGGGGAAGGAAUGGUGGACGGUCAGGGGAAGGGCAAUUGAGGGGUGGGAAAGAGGAAGAGGAGAGGGCGGCUGGGACGGGCAGGUUGUGCUUGAGGAGCAUGUUGGUUCAUCCUAUCAAGUGGGAGCAUCCUAGUGAGCUGGAUUGA